ACAUUUUAAACCUUGAUUAAUGGUUAGAGUGUUUUAUCCCAAUUGAUUUCUUCAUUAAUUUUGAAAAGUUAAAACUAAAAAAAAUAACAUUUAAAUAUUAUUUGAAAUUAAACUAUAAAAACCCCUCAGAGCCAGUUUUCCCGGCUCUUCCUCCAGAGCUCUCGUUCUGCUUCAGCUUCGCUCUUCUUUCUUUGGGAGCAUUUUGCCUUCCAUUUUCAUUCCUCUCAUGACCUCCAACUCUCACCAAAUUUCAAACCAAUCGCUAUAAUCCAUUUCAUCUCUUGAUUCUCUCUUAGCCAUGUUAGCCUUUUCGACGACAUUUUUCUACUCUGUUUAACGGAGCAUCGAAAAAUGGCGAGGCGUUGGGCCCUUUUGGCGGCCAUUUUCGCGGUUCUAUUUUGUGGGUUUUCUUCAGUUUCUGCCACACCCACAAAAAUUGUUGCUGGGGUUUUGUCCAAGGCGGUUUCCGCCCUUGUGAGUUGGAUAUGGUCCAUCACCUCGGCCUCUAAUACUGUGGUUUCUACCCGCUCCAUGAUUAAAUUUGAGAGGGGAUAUGUUGUCGAGACUUUGUUUGAUGGGAGUAAGCUGGGGAUUGAGCCUUACUCUGUGGCGGUAUCUCCUAGUGGGGAGCUUCUGAUUUUGGAUGCUGAAAAUAGUAAUGUUCACAAGAUCUCUAUGCCAUUUUCUCAAUUUUGCAGGCCCAAGCUGUUUGCAGGAUCAUCUGAAGGAUAUUCUGGACAUGUAGAUGGAAAGCUAAGGGAUGCAAGAAUGAGCCAUCCAAGAGGGUUAACUGUGGAUCAAAGAGGAAAUAUUUACAUUGCAGAUACAAAGAACAAGGCUAUAAGAAAAAUCAGUGAUGCUGGAGUCACGACGAUUGCUGGUGGCAAAUGGAGGAAAAGUGGCCAUAUUGAUGGUCCGAGUGAAGAAUCGAAAUUCUCAAAUGAUUUUGAUGUGGUUUAUGUAGGAAGUAGCUGCUCACUUUUGGUAGUUGACAGAGGAAAUCAGGCCAUUCGAGAGAUUCAACUUCAUGCCGAUGAUUGUACUGAGUAUGAUCGUAGCUUCCUCCUAGGGAUGGCUCUGUUGACUGCUGCUGUGCUUUUGGGAUACAUGUUGGCACGUUUACAAUUUCGAGUGUUGGCCAUGUUUUCUUCUAAAAAUGAUUUAAGAGUUGACUCGAGGAACAUUACUUCGAUUCCUCCAUAUGGGAGGGUCGAGAAAUCAGUCAGGUAUCCAUUGAUUCCUAGUGAAGAGGAAGAAGAUAAUCAACCAGAAGAGAAUGUCAUUUGUUCCCUUGGCAAGCUUUUCCUCAACACUGGCUCAUCCGCAGCUGAAAUCUUUGUGGCAUUGCUUCUUGGAGCUAGAAGAAAGGCGUCUGACUCCCAUGGCCAGCAGCAUUAUCAAGUAAAGGAACACGUGCCGUCACGGUUCAGUGUGCAGGAAAACUUUGCAGCCUUGCAUGGCUGUGAACCACUGGAGACAAUGACGAGAAAACCUUACACUUAUUCGACAACACAACUCGAAAACGUCCAGCAUUACAGGCACAAUUGGGGAGACGAUGGUGGACGGGAAGAACAACCAUCUCCAUCCAGUCCAAAGAUGUUGUACAACAGGAGCUGUGAGAGAAAUGAGGUUGUGUUUGGUGAAGUACAAGAGGCAGAGCAACUGUGUGAACAAAAGAAAGAGAAACGCUGUGUUGGUGGUGGUGGUGGUGAUGGCGGCUGGGUGGAAGGGAGAUCCUUCAGCAGCAACAAACAUGAAAACGCUUUUGUUACAGAAAAAAGGAGAAUGAGAGAUUAGCAAUUGAAUUGGUUUAUCAAUUUGAGGUGUAAGAUGUUACGAGUUUAUAAAUUCUUGUUAAAAACAAAAAGAAUAAAAGUUGAUAUCAUUAUAAAUUUGUUAAAUUAGUUGUAUUAUAGAGGUUCAUUAUUAGUGUUCAUUGGCCAUAUGUCACUUAUCCAUUAGUCCAUAUAUUGUCUAUGUGUCUCAAGAUUGUGCACUAUUAGUGUCCGUAAUUCACCUCUUACUUGUCAAAUUUUAUAGUGGAAUUUGGGUUGAUUUUGAAAGAUAUACUCAUAUUGGUGAUCAACCCAAAAAGAUUGGAGAAA